AUGGCUGCGCGACCUCCUCCCGCUCGUCCUCAUAUUGGCUUGAACCCGUCGCACAGGUUGUCUUCGUAUGUCAUCCCAGACUGGGCCGAGGAUGAUGCUUGGGACAGCGGCUCUGACUCGGAGUCGCCGAGCAAUCCCAGCUGGAACCGUUCCUCCAGUUUCAGCAAGCAGGCGUCCACUAGCAGCAGUACCGCUCCGAAACCCGUUCCAAGACCCAACCUGAACAGCUCCUCUUCUACUCUCGCAUUUCCACCACAGAAUGGAUGGACGAUUGUCAGGAAGAGCACCGAUCACCGGUCAAGUCUGGACAGACGUCCUUCGGACAAGGCGAAGGACGGAGUAGUGUACGAGGACGUCGAAGGAGAGAUGAUUGUGGGGGAGCUCGAGCCCGAACUUGCAGACCCAGCCGCUGUCACGCACUCACGACCUAGACACGAUUAUGGCUUCGUGAGAGAGGAUGUAGAGGAGAUCGUGAACGUCUCACUUACGGCCAGAUCCACUGCAUAUCCUCCGACGCAUCCACCACCCAAGAAACGACCAUCGCCUUCCCGCACGAACUCGAUUGACCCGAAUCGAGAGCGGUCGAUACGGUCCAAUAGGCGGCAGAAGUUCAUCGACUGUGUAUCAGCGGAAGACGUGAAUAUGGCUACUUUGCGCAAACUGGCAUGGAACGGUGUACCAAGUGACUUGCGGCCCUUAGUAUGGCCACUACUACUCGUGAGGUUAUUCCCCCUUCCGGCACCUUUGCGAAUAUCUACUCUCGCCAGGAAGCGUCAAGAGUACCUCAAUCUCGUUGAGCUUGCCUUCUCUCGUGAUAUGGCACCAAUCGAGAUCGAUGUCCCGCGAACAAGACCUGGUGUACAGUUAUGGAUGCAAGCAGCUACUCAACGACUUGAACGGAUCCUGUACGUCUGGGCAAUCCGACAUCCUGCGAGUGGAUAUGUACAGGGUAUCAACGACCUCGCGACGCCAUUCUUCCAGAUAUUCUUGUCGGCUUACAUCGACUCGGACCCAGAAGAGUUCGACCCCUCUGUGCUACCAGCAGGUGACAAUUAUAUCGCGACACAACCUGGUAUCCACAGGAGUGUCAAGCGCAUGGCAGAGUUAGUUGCACGCAUAGACGCGCCCCUGGCAGCUCAUCUAGACUCUGAGAAUGUCGAGUUCAUGCAAUUCGCGUUUCGAUGGAUGAACUGUCUGCUUAUGCGCGAGAUAAGCGUGCAGAAUACUAUCCGCAUGUGGGAUACUUAUCUGGCUGAGGGCGCGGAUGCCUUCUCCCAGUUCCAUCUUUACGUCUGCUCGGCGUUCCUCGUAAGAUGGAGCAAGAAGCUGCGCGAGAUGGACUUCCAGGGUAUCAUUAUGUUCCUCCAGUCUCUCCCGACGCAGGGUUGGGGCGAUCACGAAAUUGAGAUGCUCCUCAGCGAAGCAUUCGUGCAUUAUUCGACAUGGCACAACGCACAAAGUCACUUCGGUAAAAACAAGUGA